CAAAGAUAAGUUCGGAAGUCAGUUCUAAAGAAUUAGUUAGUUUGUCUGAUUCAUCUAAUUCAUCAGAUUUAUUAUCUACUCAGUUAGGAAAGUUAGGAAAAGAAGGUCUAGAAGUUAAUUCUAAAGAAUUAGGUAGUUCAUCUGAUCCAUCAGAUUCAGUAUCCACCAAA